GGCCUCACCCGGGAGGGCGCCGAGGAACUUCCUGCCCGUGCGCCUCACCGCACAGCCUGAGCGCGGGCUGGGAGGCGGGCGGCGCGUCCAGGUCAGCUUGGAGCGGGUGGCCGCCUGCCUAGGGGCGGGAGACCCUGCUGGGGGCUGGGCUGAGGCCUCCGAGCUCCUCGGCCAUAUUGAACAGCCACGCCGAGCCGUCUUUGUCUGCGAAGACCUCUUCCAAGUCCCAGCCGCGACCCGGGUGCCAGCGCCAGGGAGAACUGCUCGCAGCCCUUGCGCGCCAACUUGGAGUCGGGACAACACGUUACCAUCUUGGAGUGGGCUUUGAGCCUGGUCCCUGACCUCAUCCCGGCUCACGUAAGCAGCCUGGGACUUGAUAGCCACCAGCCCUCUGCGGGGAGCCGAACUGGUCUAGACUGGACUUGGAAGGAGGGGAGGUGAGCCUCUCCGGAUAGCGUCGUCGGGACCCUCCGCCCCGCCUCCCCCUAGUCAGGGGCUACCCGUAGUUUGUUGGGCUCCUUGCCCCCCGCCCCAGAUAUCACCCUGGAGAUCUUAAAGACUCUGGAGAAAAGCCACGUGGGGGGCUGGUUCCCCUGGGGCUUCCUCCCGUCCCCCGAUUGCCUGAUCCUCUGGAGCGUCCCCGAUGUCUGCAAAGAUGUGGAUUUGGACGUCCUCGUGGAAGCCCUAAAGCCUGUGGGGACCUUUAAGAAGAUCGGCAAGGUGUUCCGCAAGGAGGAGGACUCCACGGUGGGCAUGCUGCAGAUCGGGGAGGACGUGGACUAUCUGCUCAUCCCCCGGGAGGUCAGGCUAGCCGGGGGCGUGUGGAGGGUCAUCUCCAAGCCCGCCACCAAGGAGGCGGAAUUUCGGGAGCGGCUGAUUCAGUUUCUGGAGGAAGAGGGCCGCACCCUGGAGGACGUGGCCCGCAUCAUCGAGAAGAGCACCCCACACCCGCCCCAGCCCCCUAAAAAGCCCAAGGAGCCCCGAGUGAGGAGGAGAGUCCAACAGAUGGUCCCUCCUCCGCCUCGGCUGGUCGUGGGCACGUUCGACAGUAGCAACGCCAGCGACAGCGACUUCAGCGACUUCGAGACCUCCAGAGGCAAGGGCGGCAAAGGCCCGCGGAGCCGCAGGAAGGUGCGCAAAAUGCCCGUCAGCUACUUGGGCAGCAAAUUCCUGGGCAGCGACCUGGAGAGCGAGGACGACGAGGAACUGGUGGAGGCCUUCCUCCGGCGCGGGGAGAAGAAGCCCAGCGCCCCGCCCGCGCGCCGCAGGGUCAACCUGCCAGUGCCCAUGUUCGAGGACAACCUGGGGCCCCAACCGUCCAAGGCAGACAGGUGGCGAGAGUAUGUCAGCCAGGUGUCCUGGGGGAAGCUGAAACGAAGGGUGAAGGGGUGGGCUCCCAGAUCCGGCCUCCAGGUCGGGGAGGCCCCACAGGCCUCCACCCUGGCAGAGAGAAAUGGGGCAUACGGGCCUAACAGCGCCAGCCCCAGGGAAAGCAUAGGAAACGCUGGAGGUAGGAGCCCUCUGGCCCCCUCACCCAGACGAUGGAGGCCCAAGAUAAACUGGGCCUCCUUCAGAGGUCGCAGGAAGGGGGAGGCAGCAUCCCCAGCUCCUGGGGCAAACAUCCCAGCUGACCAGAGUGCAGAGGCCCCAGCCAAUCAGGGGGCAGAGGCCCCUGCUGACCAGGGGCCAGAGGCUCCAGAGGAUCAGAGGGUGGAGGCCCCCGCUGACCAGGGAGCAGAGGCUGCAGACAUUCAGAGAGCAGGAGUCCCAGCUGAUGAGGGAGCAGAGGCUGCAGAUAACCAGAGGGCAGGGGUUCCAGCUGAGCAGGGGGCAGAGGCCCCAGCUGACCAGGGAGCAGAGGCACCAAUUGAUCAGGGGGAAGAAGCUGUAGACAUUCACAGGGCAGGGGUCCCAGCUGACCAGGGGGCAGAGGCCCCAGCUGACCAGAGGGCCAGGGCCCCAGGAGAUCAGAGGGAAGAGGCUGGGGGCGCCCAGGGUAUCCAGGAAGCAGAAGCCUCAGCUGGUCUGGGGGCCACAGGGGCUGGGGCCCGGAAACAGGUCAAGACAGUGAGGUUCCAGACCCCUGGGCGGUUUUCAUGGUUUCGAAAGCGCAGGAGAGCCUUCUGGCACACUCCCCGGUUGCCAACCCUGCCCAAGAGAGUCCCCAGGGCUGGUGAGGCCAGGAGCCUCAGGGUGCUAAGGGCUGAGGCCAGAGCAGAAGCGGAGCAGGGAGAACAGGAAGACCAACUGUGAGAGUUCGGGGGGACCCCAGGGCAUCCUGCACCCCACCUCCCAUCAGCCACUGAGGGGCCUCCCUCCAGGUCCCAGCAGAGCUGCUCUCAGCCUCCACACUUGUAAAUAGAGGCAGCCAGAGGGACAGGCAGCACCUCCCGCAUCUCCAGCCAGUGACCCUCGUCUUAUCUAUUGUGCAUUUAUUAUUCUUUUUAAAAAAUACUGAUUCCUUAUAAUAUCCCAGAGAAUGUAGAGACAGAAACCAGUAGGGCAGGGUGGCAUUGCCCGUGGUUUAACUCCUAAGUGCUCAGCUUGAGAAAGGGAGAAGGGCAGAGCAGGGGAGGACUUCCCAGCCUUACCGGCCUCCCUUUUGCCUCUUGAACUUGAAAAGAGGGCUCAAGCCAACAUGCAAAUAAAAAUGUCUACGA